AUGGAAUCACUUGCUGCAGCAGCAGCCGUAGUCGCAACAGUAUCCUCCUAUGUUAAAACUGGAGCUGAGGUCUUGACUUUUUUAACCUCGCUACAGAAACAGCCCGCCAGUUUGGAAAUGAAAAUUACUUGGCCAGAAAAGCAGUUUGGUCCUAUUGUGCUCGAAUAUCAUGAAUCAUGGAGUCACCGCCACCUGCAAGUGGUAUAUAAUCCACCAGAAUACGCCUGCUUCAGAAAUCAUGUCCCAUCCAAAUUCAAAACUAUUGAUAUUAAAUAUAACAGCCAGAGCUUCUCUGGACACUUUCAUGCCAAAUUUCACAAUCGAACAACUGUCAAGCAAAGUGAAAUAAUUGAUUAUUUGAAAACUGCAUAUGGGGGUUAUAAAGUAUCAUGUCAGCAAACCAAACUACAUGAGUACGAGUUUGAGAUGUGUGAUGUCGUGGGUAAUAGUUGUGCCGCUUGGUUUACCGAUUGGCAAUUAACAUUUGUGUUUAAUGAUUAA